ACAAUAUAAGAUGAAGAAGAAUGUAAAACAAAAUGACAACAAGGUAAAAGCAGUUAAAAAACAAACAGAAACAUAUGUCAACUUGAUUAAGGUGCGCAUCCAGCUGCAAAAGUGCUCAAGCUACCUCGCACGAUGGCCACACCCAUGGAUGCUUAAAUAUAUCGAAAACGAUAAUAUAUCACAAGAAGAAAGUACAAAUGAAUAUAUCCCACAAAUACAACGUGAUCUAGGUCGUAUACUAUUAUACCUGUGUAAUAAUUUAAAGCCUAUAGAUCAGCUACACAUUGAAGAAAGCGACGCUUUCGCAAGUAUAGAUAUAUUACCGAAAGUACGACAACGCAUAUUACAGAGAUUAGACCACUGGAACCAGAAGACCAGCCUAAAGAUCGAUAGCUCAUUUAAAGUGCUAAGCAAGACCAUAUCAUCGCAAAUCAAACACUUCCUAGAAAAUACUGAUACAUUCCUUAAGCAAGCAAAACCGUCAAAUAUACCUGAAAAUAUAAUUGGUUAUGAACUGUUAAAAGAGAAGCUAGGAACACAGGAAGCUAAAACCCUGGUACAAUCCGAAAUUUAUAGCGAUCAGCCAUUCUACGUGCAACUGUUGCGCUACUUAGCUGUCACGGGCCACGAAAGUGAUGUGAACCUGCGUGAAGAAGAGAGUCAACUACGACAUGACCAGGGAGACAAACCACGCAUGUCAGAAGCAAAAACAUCAAAAGCAAGACGAAUAUGCUAUACAACGAUAGAAAAAUUACAGAACUUUGUGGAAAGAACCACAAAUAAAGCAUCAACCAACGCCGAAUUGGCUGACCUGCUCAUCAGAUCGUACUUUAAGGCAUAGGUAUUAACAUUAUACACCAAAAAUGGCCACACGAAUUUAUGAAGUAAUGGUGGAGAAUGACAGCUCUAAAACUGCAGCAUUAGUGGAAGAGUGUAGCAGACUCAUUAGCAGUAACGAAGUGGAUGAAAUAGUACUGAAAGCACCACUCAAACACGCAACGCGCGCUGUGGCCAUAUGCGAGCAGAUAAAAAGAAGAUAUGGUAACCUAGCCACACAGAGUGAACUAAAGGAUAUCUUCAAUGGAAAUACGGGUAAUGAAAGACGGAAGUCAACAUUUCUAGAAAUACGUAUAACAUCGCAAAAUACAGUGAUACCAGA